GCCCGUUAGGAACACCCUUGACAGGUGGACUAUAUUUGCUCUUUUUAAUUAUUUUUCGCUUCUCUCCUUGUUAUAUUUUAACCAAAAUGGUAAAUUUGAAAAUUUUCUUUUUCGUUUCGUACUUUUAUUCGUUCAAUUGCGGUUAUUCUAUGCGAAAGGAAACUGUUAUUUUGGUCUCCUUUGAUGGGUUUCGGUGGGAUUACCUAGACAUGAAUCGAACUGCCACGAAGAACUUCUCCUCUAUCAUGAAACGAGGGGUGCGGGCUGAAUAUGUUAGGAACGUGUUUCCAACGGUAACUUUUCCCAAUCACUACACUAUCGUCACAGGGCUUUACCCUGAAAGCCACGGAAUAAUAUCGAACUCGUUUUACGACGCGAUUGCAAACAAAUCUUUUAACAUGAACACGAACAGUUCCGAAUGGUGGGACAAAUUUGCCGAACCUCUUUGGGUGACAAGCGAAAAACAAGGACAUAGAAGUGGUAUGUGUUUUUGGCCAGGCUAUGAUGUGGAAUACAAAGGCCAAAAACCGUCUUUUACCACGAGUGAAUUUGGAUUUGGAAGACCUUUUGCCCCUCGUGAAAACGAAACGAUUUCUCCUUGGAAGUGGCGUGUUGAUUUGGUUUUAAAAUGGUUGAAAGAUCCAGACCCACCGUCCUUUAUCACUUUAUACUUUGAGGAACCGGACGAAGCUGGCCACUGCUGUGGCCCUGACUCGGUAAAUGUUACAGAAGAGAUUGGAAGAGACGACGAAAUUACGGGUUAUCUCUUGCAAGAAUUACACAAAGCAAAUUUAACGGAUGCAGUUAAUUUGAUAAUAACAGCUGAUCACGGCACUGCUAUGUACAAUUCAAGCACAGUCUUGGACUUGCAUGAAUUUUUACCUCCAGAUUAUUCCUUAUGGAUUCCAGGUUGGGCUUACCUUUCAUUCAAUACCACCAAUGUAACAGGAGCGUAUGAUAGUUUAAAGAAGGCAGAGAAACAGAAAUCGCACUUUAAUGUAUACAGAAAAGAGGAACUUCCGGAAGAACUUCAUUUCAAACACAGUAGGUUUGUAGCUGAAAUUAAUGUCAUCUUGGAAGAAGGUUGGUUGGCAACAGUGGGACCCUUCAACCAUUCCCGCAAGGUAGUCACAAAAGGAACUCAUGGCUGGCACCCAUCCUUACCAACCAUGCACCCUUUCUUCUUGGCACAAGGCCCAGCUUUCAAGCAAGAUUAUAAAAGUGGUCCUAUCGAGAUGGUUGACAUCUAUCCAUUGAUUUGCCAUUUACUAGGUAUAGAUCCUUUGCCAAACAAUGGCUCACUCAGUCGCAUUACACACUUGCUGAAAGUUGCGCCAAAUCCUUCACACUCAAAUGACCACUGGUUAACAACUGGAGAAGUUAUUGCCAUAGUUAUAGGUACAGCUAUUGCUUUGACAGUCUGCAUGUAUGCUGUUUUAAUGAUAAGAAGGGAUCGCCGACAUAUGGCUAGAGGUCAUAGACCUGGUGAAGGUAACCAGCCGUUACUGUUUGGAGAUGAAGAUGAUGAAAAUAUGAUUUAAUAUCUUAUCAAAAUGGUCCACUGUGAAAAAUAACAGUGUUCACCUUGUGAACCCAAAGGUGAUUGACAUGUGCCAGUAUUUUCUCACAAUUCCAUAACUCCAUCCAGCAUUGGAGGUAGAGAAUAGAUAAACUCUAUCAUUUAAUGAAUUAUCUUGAUGAAACAAAAUUCUCCUUACCACUUUAUGAGGAACUUUUUAGAAGCAAGAAGGGAGAAUUACUUAUCAAUCUUUGAAGGCAAAAGGUUAAAAAUACUAAUACAAAAGUGGUAAAGUAUUCCUUGUGCAUAUUUUUAGAAGCUGAAGCAGGUGGUUGUAGUAGGCACUUUCUCCAUACUGAAGGAUGGCCUUCUAAACUCUAACAUGCACUGAGUUCUAUUGAGAGCCCUGAAUAUGUAACCAAAGUUUCUAGUUGCUAGAAAUUAUCUUGGCCCUGGUAGUGGAAAGGGUGGGUUUAAAUGCUAAUAACUGGAUAAAUCUCGUUCCAAUAAAUGGUGCAGCAUCUAUUGUUAACACUUUACCUCUAUAUAGUGAGUAAUUAGUUAACUCUUUAGUCCUAGAAGUGAAAAUUGGCUAGCCUGGUAAGAUGUGACCACAACUCACUGAAGACUACAAAUUAUUGACAAGUCUUCCUUCCACCUGACAUUGUACAAAGCCACAACUAUCAGGACUCUAACACAACAAGCACAACUUGUAUGCAACACAACAGACAGCUUAUCUCAUGAGAACA